AUGUCGCAAGAUGGCAACCUACGGGCCUCUUUCAUGGCCUGCGAGGAGCUCUCCGCCUAUUGCCCAGUCGAGGCCACCGUCCUAGGCUACGCUCCGAAUAUGGGCGCCAGCAUUUUCUUCGCCAUCGCCUUUGGCCUCGCCGCCGUCGCCACCAUCGGAAUCGGCAUCUGGAAGCGGACGUGGACCUUUACCGCCGCGGUCGGCCUCGGUGCUGUUCUUGAAACCAUGGGCUACGCUGGGCGUGCCAUAUUGAGCAAAAACCCGUGGGACAAAGAUGCCUUCCAAAUGCAAAUAUGCGUCAUUAUCCUUGGCCCCACCGUCAUCUGCGCCGGCAUCUAUCUCAUCAUCAAGCACAUCGCCCUCAAUGUCGACCAGCCAUCGGCGGCUCCUGGCGGCUGCCGCCGGAAGCACCAAUCGCAAGCUGCUCGACGGAGGCAACCGUGCCAUUAUCGCGGAAUCUGCCUCCAAGUCGUCGUCCUCUCACUCUUUGGGCUCGUGUCCGGCGAGUACAUCUUCCGCGUCCACCGCAAGGUCAAGUCCUUGGGCCGGGAAGAGGCCGAGAGCCAGGGUAUGGGCUUGUGUAUCGCGGAGAUGGCUGGUGGAUGGGGUAACCACAUUAUGCAAGACGAAAUCUCCUUUGUCAUACUUGACUCUUGGUGA